GUUCGUUUGAAAGCUUGUUGAUCUAUUGUAACACUGUUAAACUGCUGGACUGCAGGAAUCUUUCUAAUUGCAGUUCACAACUGCCUUUGUAAAGCACAUCUUUCCAGCUGAUCUAAGAACACUUUCUGGAUUGCGAUGUGUGAUGGAUUUGUCUUUUAUACCACGAUUCUAUGAGCUGUUUGGGCCCAACCCAUCCAGCAUUGUCAGUCAAUUGUGCAAGGAGAUUCACCAAGUCGACCAGGCAAGAGAAUGAAAACGAGUAUGAUGCACAGAAUGAUACAAACAACAGGGGGAUGUCCUCGCCUCACUAGAUUCUCUUUUCACGCCCCUAAGAUGGUAGAGGUGGAAUUCAACAAUGGCAGUCUGUACCAUUUGUCAGCCGAAUAUCUGAGAAUAUAUAGCCCUGCUGCUGAUAGUAAGAUCCGUUCAGUUGGCGGUGAAAAGGUGAUAUCGGGAAGGCGUUACGUUGGGAUGAUGUCAGCAGAAGCAGUUGGGAACUACGGUGUGAGGUUGGUAUUCGACGACAUGCACAAGACGGGUAUCUUUACAUGGGAUUACUUGUACCAUCUUGGGAGCAACAAGUUCCCCCUCAUGAGAAAUUACAUCAAUACCCUCAAGAGGCAUGGACUGACUCGGGAUCCUCCACCUCCAAGAAGAAAGUGACAAUAAGUAAGAUCCCACACAUUUGGCUCUCAUAUACUUCAUAAGUUUCCAAGUCGUUUUCUAAGGCAAUCAUAAGACCAAUGUUAACAGCGUCCCUACUUUCGGGAACGGAUAAGAUCUGCGUACACACAGUCUUCAGACCUUACUUUUUUUUUGAAAUUUUACUAGGUUUGUUGUAAUACGACUAAUAAAGAAAUUAAAAUGACCAAUGGUUA